GCCUUCUGUCACAGUGAAGAGCUUCGACAGGCGCUGGAGCACCUGGCACGAGCCCAACGGGUCCUUUGCACGAUUACCUCAGAUGUUGUCGUGGAUGAUCUAGAACGUCUACACGCGGUUAAGCGGACGCUGCAGGAAGACCUUGAGAUGGCAACCUCCGGCACAGUCAACGACCGGUUGCAGGUCCUUCUGAAGUUGCACGCCCAGGCACUCGAAGAGUGCAGGUGUGCAGAGGAGAAGUGCGAGGCAGAGCAACCAGAGAUAUCGAUGUUGCGGAGAAGCAUCGCCGAAACCAGCCGUCGAAUGCCCAGGAUCCGAGAAAAUCCUGACGUUGAUGAGACAUCUCUGCAGGAAGCGCCUGAGCAUUCUGCAGUGCCGAGGUCUGGCCGUCUUGCAGCGCUGCAACAGGCCUUGGCACUCCGAUCAAGGCAGGCGCAGAUCGCUAAAGGAUCACUCCUUUCAGAGGACAAGCUCCUCUCUGCAGAGCUGAACGUGGCAAAGAAUGCGUUGAAGGAGGCCGUCAUGGAGGGUCAGCGUCUCGAAGAAAUGAAAGACGAGGCAGAAGCCGAGGUGUUUCGUGCCUGCCGGGCGCUCGCCAGCGUGGAAGACAAAGGCGAAGGUGACGGUGAGUCAGUGAAGAACAUUCCGCGAACUGCGUAUCAGAAGGCUAGAGAGGUCGAAGCCUUUGUGGCGAAGGGCCCUGCGGCACCCUGGCGACUCAGUGCCUUGCACCAGCCAUCUGGGACUGGUUCUAUCGGAACCACGGCCGCAUUGCUGGAUCCGGAGGCUUAUCGGCUGAAUAGGGAGAAGGCCACAGCACAGGCGGACAAAGAUUUGGAGGCCAUGAUCGAGGCAUACGUUGCAGAAAAGGAACAGAUACAGCGUGCCGUUCACGACGAGGUUCAGCGGCAAAAGGACGAGGAAGCUCACUUCGCUGCGGAGCUCCAAAGUCUGCGUGAGCAUAUCAAGGAGCGCCGUCACGGCAUCGACACCGCCCUGGCUGCCCAGAGUUCCGAGAAAGAUCAGCGGUUGCUUGAGGCCCAACGGCAGCUCACCUUGGAGUUGCGGCAGAUCGAGUCCCAGGAGCGCAGCAACCAGGAGGCAUUGAGGCAGGAAGUACGCAAAGCUCGUCAGCGACUUGCCCAGGCAGCUGCGUGCGCAAAGCAGCAGCUCGAUCUUCGGCUCGCGAAGGUUCGCACGGACUGCCGUGAGAUGCUUCGCUCUACGGCGAUGCAAUGGGAACGGGCUGUCAUCCGGGAGCGACAGGCAUUGCAGGACGCGAGAGAGAGGGGGAGAGCCGACCAGAAAGGAAAACAAAGUGAGGGGCCCGUGUUUCCGAAAAAUCUUGACAAUCCCCCAAACCCUGUGGAAGGAGAUCGAGAGAGAGAGAGAGACAGAGAGAGAGAGAGAGAGCUCAAGCAUUUUGGCUCAGGCCGCGAGCGGUUCAAGCCCGUGGGGGGCCCUCCGUGA